AUGCGUGUGCUCAAUGGCGUUUUCCUCUUGGCUGCCAUCACCGGAGCCGUCUCGGCCUACGCCAUCGAUAACGAGAACCGUAUGCUCAACGAAAUCGGUCAAAUCGAGGUCGCGAUGACACCCAACUCCGGUUCUGCCAUCAACACCGAUGGAACGACGAACAACAGCGAGUUUGAAAUCGAACCACAGCCGUCUCGGGUUCCCGAGGACACCCUCGAUUCUACCUCCGGCUCGGACAGCUCAUCGGGCAGUGGUUCUGUCGAGGCCAUUAGUUACCUCCCGUAUAAGACCAGUCCAACCAUCACCAGCAGCGCAUCUACUCUGACAUCUAUGACCUUUGCUUUCAUGUCAGCCGUGGUCGUCUACGCCAUGCUCUAA